UUGACAUAAAUGGUAAAACGACAACCACUGUUAUGAUACUCAUAUGGAAUUACUAUUUAUAACAGAAAAUAAAGUAAUGGAGGGCAUACACAGGAAGAUAGUAACUGUCAUGCUGAUAUUAGCAUGGGUGUCGAUGGGACUGUACGGGGAAAUUGGUGGCCCGACAAUGUUAGAUCUUCGAAUGUAUUUUAAUGCAAAUGCUGAAGAGGUAGCACGCGCCGUAUCUGCUAGUGGUAUUGGCAUGUUUCUCGGUGCUCUGAUUGGUGGAUUGUUCGUGGAUAUGCUUGGUACGUGGAAGAUAUUGCUGGUCACUGGCGUUCAGAUGCUUUCUACAGUCACAAUUGUGUCCAUGUCAUUUGUAGGGACAAUUUCAGUUUUAUGGUUCAUGUUCUUUCUACUUGGAACAGCUGGUGGGGUCGUCAAUGUAGCCGGGCAAAGGAUAAUUUUGGAAAUGUGGAAGGAGAAGUCACCUGCCCCCAUGCAUGCUGCGCAUAUGGGUUUUGGAAUAGGCGCACUCGCUGCACCUCUGAUUGCCAAUCCCUUUCUUGCAGUGCUUGAAUUUACCCAUACUAAUGCAACUACAGCAGGAAUUGAAAGUAUCCCGAACUCAGCGUCUUACGUGAUAAUUGAGGAAACACGUGUACAAACGGCAUAUGUAGCAAUAGGAUUAGUGUCACUGGCGCUAUCAUUACCAUUUUUUGUAUAUCCGUUUGUUAAGUGUUUUGUUAUAAAAGAUAAAAAUAGAAACCAGUACGUCUCGUUUGACACGAAUAAAUGUUCGAAAAAAACAAAAUUAAAAAAAUUCAUAGACACAAUAAAUCCAGCAGUGUAUGCUGGAGGUUCUUUUAAAUUCGGUACAUUUGUUUUUUUAUUGUGAUUGGAUUAUACUUUUUCAACAUGGUCGGGGGUGAACAGCUUUUUGGAAAUUUCAUAAGAACAUUUUCUGUUGAUGAACUCCGUUUUACCCGAGACGAAGCUUCAUAUUUGGACACAGUUUACUGGGGAAGUUUUACCGUCGGUCGUUUCACGGGAGCAAUGUUGUCACAUCAUGUACAUAUCAAAACAUUAUUUUUAAUCGAUGUAAUAUUGAAUCUUACAGCGGUGACUUUUCUUAACAUAUUGUCUACAAAGAACAAGUCACUUCUCUGGACUUUUACAGCAAUAGUUGGAUUUUUCGUAGCUCCCUUGUUUCCUGCGGGGAUAUCUUACGCAAAUACACAGAUUGAAGUCGGGGGAGUUGUUCUUACUUUGAUUGUAUUCAUGACUGGUCUUGGAUAUAUGUUUUAUAUCUGGAUAGAAGGUAUUUUCUAUCAAAAUUAUGGACCAAGAACAGCUCUCUAUGCAAUGCAAGUUUCAGCAAUAUUGGUAUUCGUAAUUACUGUUGUUUUUAUAGCAUUUACAUACAAGAGGAAAGAAAGAUUCAAUGUAGAUAUUGACACUGAACUUAAAGUGAGACCAGAUGAUACUGAAAAUACCCAGUUAGAUCAGAAUUCCUUACAGUCUGAAGAUUGAUGAUUAAACUUUUUAUGAGCCGCGUCAUGACAAAACCAACAUAAUGGGUUUGCGACCAACAUGGAUCCAGACCAGCCUGCGCAUCCGCGCAGUCUGAUCAGGAUCCAUGCUGUUCGCUAUCAGUUUCUCUACUUGUAAUAGGGCUUGUAAGCGAACAGCAUUUAUCCUGAUCAGACUGCGCGGAUGCGCAGGCUGGUCUGGAUCCAUGCUGGUCGCAAACCCAUUAUGUUGGUUUUGUCAUGACGCGGCUCAUAUGUUAUCUUAUUUAUUGUUGUUCUUAUUAUAGAUUAAUGUCAUUUUUGAUGUUAACUUCUGUAAUUUAAAUUGAUAUGUUUCUGUACUUUGUAUAUGUAUUAAGUAACAUGCAUGUAAUACGAAAUGAAAUAGCUCUUGACUGGUUUGCAUUUAGGAAGAUUAUUUGUAUAUUUAUUUUAACAAGACAAAAUGCUUGGAAACAUGUUUUAUGCCUUAUGCCAGUUGAUCACAAUCUACAAUAUUUUCUACGAAUACAAUUAUUAUAAGCAGGUGUACCUUGUGAGUAAUGAAAUAAAAUCAAAAGUACCUGUAAAAGCGGGGAAAUAUACUCCCCAAUGCAAAUUUGUUUGAGGAAACGAAAA